CUGUUUGCUGAAAUUUCAGAAAGGGUUGGUUGUUUUUACCAGAGCUAUUUCGAAAUAAUGAAAUCAUUCAGAUGAAUCCCGUUGCAAAAUCUGAAGAUUUAGCUGAAGUGAUUGAAAAUGCGGAUCCUUCACAAUCGGGAAAAAGAAACAAUUGUAAUUGUAAGGAGCAUAAGAGUUUGGCAGAAGUUAUGCGAACUCGCCACAUCAACGCAAAAGAUCGAGAAAGUAUCGAAUGUUUGGAGAUGGAAAUUGUGGAGGAACUCAAAAUUGCUGAAUUACCAGAGUGGUUUAAACUUGGAAUGUUGUAAGUUUUUCAUCACGGAGUGUUCUGAAAAAUUUUGAUUUUAUAUUUCAGAAAUCUUAUUGAGGAUAAUCAAUCUAUUCGAAACAAAAUCCGCCAACUUUUGGAGAGAAAGAACAGAAAAUCUGGCUGA